AUGACUUUUGACUCUUGUAUUAAAAGAAAGAAAGAAAGAAAGAAAGAAAAUAAUAAUAAUAAUAAUAAUAAUAAUAAUUUUAUAUCUAAAACCAGAGUUAAACCCAUUAAACCAGAUAGGAAGGCGGGCACAAUAGGGGUCAGAGCACAGGAGGCAGAGCUAUCAAGAGAAAGUGAGCAACCAAAUCCUCCUGCCUCCCCCACCAAACCCUCUGCCUCACGGACAUUAGUAGCUCAGGUAAGUGUCAGGAGAAAGAGACCAAAAUCUGAGGGGGGAUCUUAUGAAUACAUGUUAGGAAAUCAAGAAUCUUCAAUGUCAAAGAGGAAGGAGGAGGAGGAGGAGGAGGAGGAGGAGGAGGAGGAGGAGGAGGAG